AUCUCACUUCUCUGCUACUCUUCGGCAACCAGGAAGUGAAACUAGAAAUCCGGCCGUCAACAACAGUGGAAGUUGUUUACUAUCUUCAUUUUUGCGCCAGUUACAAGACCGCCGGUCACCCAGACUGUCACCACACAGUGUUGGGACUUCACUAGCUGUAGGUCGGGAGAUCAAAUCACGAGCCAGCUGACAGUGAGACAACAGCCUUCGUCCAACCUGUCGGACAGCGUGUGGACCUGGAGAAGAGACAGCGCAGUUGGUGGUGAUGUUUCUGAAUUUAACACAGCCAGUCGCGUUUUUAAUCCGCAGACCGAGUGUAUUUGCCUCAGAGGGAUUUACAGCGACCGUUUGUUCCGUCAAUGUCGCGAAAACUAGCUAGCACCGCGACUGGAAGUUAAAUUUUUCCAGUAGAAGAACUCUUAAACCAGUAAGCUCUAAAACGCGAGACAUUUUCGUGACAUUACACCCGUUGAGCAGUUUAAUAUUUGGCAUUUAUUAGUUCAGGCCAAAACAAAAUGUUUUAAUGUUACCGUCCUGUACACAGAGUGUGAAAACGAUUCACCGGAAGUACUUGGUGUUGUCACUGUGUGUGUCUUGACUCUAUCGGCUCCAGUAUCCCGCCUGUCUCUGUGCACCUCCUCCCGCCUGUCUCUGUGCACCUCCUCCCGCCUGUCUCUGUGCACCUCCUCCUCAACUAAAUGAUAAUGGAGCUCGUGCAGUGUCCCGACGGCUCACGCGCCGCCCGUCUCAGUGUCAGCGCCCCCGGAGUCGCCAGGUAGCCGGCAGGAGGCUGAGCGGCAUGCCGUCCGAUGUGGAGUACAGCCCGGUGGGAGAGGGGCUGGGGAUGCGGGACUUCUGGCUCUAUGUGUGGCUGCGGAGGGCGGCGGUGAUAGCGGCUCAUGUCACCGGCCUGGGCCUGACCCUCAUCAUCUCCCUGCUGUCCAGACCCGGAACCAGUUUGUUUUCUUGGCAUCCAGUGUGUAUGUCUGUUGCAUACUGCCUGUGUAUGACUGAAGGCAUCCUCCUCUUCUCGGCUGAAGGAUCCCCCUUUUGCUUCAAAUCUCGGAAGGGUAAAGUACGUCUCCACUGGUUUUGUCAGAUUCUGGUCUUGAUAGCUGCGGCCACGGGUCUCGGCUUCAUGGUUGCCAGCAAGAACGUGUCGGAGCUCCCGCACCUGGUCUCCUGGCACAGUGUACUGGGCAUCUGCACCCUGGCUGCCACCCUGCUCCAGGCGGCUUGCGGCGUCUGCGUGAUUUUCCCUAAGCUGCUGCGUCUGUCCUCCUCUCCGCCCAGGCUGAAGCUGUACCACGGCACAUGCGGCCUGGUCGUCUACCUGCUGGCCACAGUGACCGUGGUGUCGGCCAUGUUCUCAGACUGGUUCCAGGCAACAGUGAAAGGGGCAGCCUGGUGGGCUUUCCUCCUGCUGCCGCUCUUCCCCGCCCUGGUGGUGAUGAACCAGAUCACCAGUGCCUACCUGCCCCGCAAGAAGAUUACCAGCUAGGAAACACGAGAUAGAUUCGCUCACUUCACCUGGUGGCCAUAUUGGAUUUACAUUGUACUCAGAGGCUCGAGGAAUCAGAUGGAAGCAAGUUUUUUGCUAAAGUAAGAAGAGAAGAGAACAUAACUAAGCAAACAGCCCGACAACCUGGUAGUCCCACAAACUGGACACGAACAUAAAAACAUGGAUGUCUCUGAAGGUGUACCACUAUCACUAACUGUGAGCAGAAUAUCUGCUGGUAUGUGUGAAAAUAAUUUUUAAUAAGUAAGUGCUGGUAUGCCUUCAUAGGUGUCUGUCUUACAACGUAGAGAAAGUUUUGUAUUCUGGACUUAAAUUUUACAGCUUGCCUAGAUCCAUGUCAGUCUCUGGAGUCAGAAAAUCCUAACGUGGCGAAGGGGAAGCUGUGAUUAGAUAUGCAGAAACACUGCAUUUGAUUCUGAUCAGUUGUGCUCACAAAUGAUCAACGUCUACCCUAAAAACUGAACUAUUUAUUUGUGCACACAAAUGAUUUUAAUAUCUCUGACACCUCCUGGACUCACACUUUAUUUCAUAGAGUUUUCUUAAGCCAGCAUCUAGUGGCCAGCAGAGAAAGUGCAGCUUAAAACACUUAGGUAUCUUUGCCUUCCUUAAAGCAACAUUAUGUAGCUUUUCCACCUUAAAAAAAAAUCAGUUUAGAAGUUGAUCUAAUUGAUCAAGAUCAGAUCCCACAGAGCGUCCCGCUCGCCUGUUUUCAGUACUAAGUAACUUGGCGGAGAUGUAACAGCUUUGUUUUACAACAGUGCUGUUACACUCUGAGACCUUUAGUGGGUGCCAAAGUGCACAGGACCGAGUUUCUACAUAAUGUUGCUUUAAGCUCUGAAAUCAUAAACACAAAGAAAUAGAAAUAGAAUAGAAUGAUACUAUGCACAAUAUGCGGAUUAUCAUGCAAAGUGCACAAACAUGGAACUGACAAACUACUCAAGGCAAUCCCAUAGCUGGAGCUGGUGAACACCUGAACGUAUCGUCCCUGACAUCUCCAAAGGUAUGUUUUGACUAUGUAUGAACUGAAAGCAAAAGUCUCAAAGACAGUGUAUAUACUAGACUGGUGUCCGAUAGGGUACAAAGCACCUGCUGCUGUUGGUGUGAGGACACCGCUUCAGUGCUGAAGAUGCUGUGGAUGAUCAUAUACCAGCCUGUAAAUUCUAUUUAUUUAUUAUUCAUUUAUGAUAUGUUUGUGUUGUGUUUGUCUUGGGUGCUUACAGGUGCUACAUGAAGCAUUUUCUCAUUAAAUUUCCAGUUUCCAUCAAUAUUUCCUUAUAUCCAAAAUGAUUCUAAUUAUGACGUGUUUAAUUGAAGGUGAUCACUAGGAAGCAGGACUUAUUUCUCAAGACCAAACCAGAGAUAAAAGUGGAGUGAAAAGUGUAGGGGUGCUCCUGCAAAAACACUCAUUCGACCAAUGUCACGCAGCUCCAUUGAACGCAAGCACACGAACUGGUCACAUCUGUCAAUCAUGGCGAAAAAUCCCCCUUUUGUAUAAUCUCAUAACUCAUAUAAUCUUAACUUAUCAUAUAAACAAACACUUGAGCUAACAUUGGGGUGAUGAGAACUACCUUCAGUGGCAGAAACCAUCUUUGGGAUACUUUAAGUCAGCGUGUACUCCGAGUUUUUAAUAUGGCUUAUAUCCCAUACACUAACACAGAGGGGCGGGCCUUAAGACCUGUACUGCAGUCAGACACCAGGGGGCGAUCCAGGUUGAAUAGCUUCACUUUUGUGGAGCUGUCAUGUCAUCCAUCCUUAUAUACAGUCUAUGGCUGGGACACGUUGUCAUUAUGUAACACUCAGGAGUAACUGCUUAAUCAUGUGGGACAACUGGUAAAAUUCAGUGAACUGGUCCGCUCCGGUGUUUGGCUUAAUAUCAAGCCUAACCUUACUCAUCAAACAUUAUCCCUUACUCUCAUGACACAUUGCUGUGGUUAGAUUUGGGAGGGUAGAAAGAGGGCAUUGUCUCCUAGAGCUUUAAGAGUUUCUGAUCAGGAUUGCUUGAAGAACACAUUUCAAACAUUUUCAUCAGGACAUUUAUGAGAAAAGUAGUCUAUGAAAAAACAAAAGCUUUAGCAUCAUCAGUGGUGUUAGGGAGUGUUUCCUCAAUGAGAAUUUGAUUAUAAAAAUGCUAUAAUUGAUGAAAUUGAAUUUGAUUGAAAAUCUCCAUGUAGCUCCUCUUGUUUUGUCACUGUGCACGUGACUCCUUUUUGUCUUUUAAGUAGUUUGCUAGCCGUGUUUUUUGUGUUUCGUUUGCUUUUAUAAUCAGUGGGAAAUAUGAACGUGCACUGACUCGGGUGUGUUGCUUUGUCAUACAAGGCCAAAGGCCAAAGAUUUCUUUGAGCAAAGAUGUCAUCAAUCGGCCCCUCCAGGAGCCGAUUUAAAAUAAACCAAUUGAGAGCUUUAA